GCUCGGAGGGGCGGGAAGACGAAGCGGAAGCCGCUCGGGAUCAGCCGGGGUCUUUUGCGAGGAAUCCGCCCGAGCGGUGAGCUGAGGGAGUGCGCGCCGGAGAGCAGAGCGGGAGCGCAGAACCGGCCCGGUGCCCGCUCCGCUCGGCGGGAGGAGGAGAGGGGACACCGCUCCUCCCGCUGUCUCGCGGGGCGGCGCGCGUUCUCCCUGCAGCGCCGGCGCCAGGACCGCGGGCCAGGGGUCUGGCUGUGCUGAGGGGCCGUGGCGGCCGAUGCCCCCGCGCUGUGUCGCUCAGCGGAGCCGAGAUGGACGCGGGCGAAGGCCGAGGGGGCAGCGCGGAGCACGGCGCCGGUCAGUGCCCGGGGGCCGGGCGGGAGCCGGCGGCGGCGCCGCGGGGCGCUGCGGGCGCUCGGUGCACGGCAUGUGCGGGAACCGACUGCGGCGGGACGGAGCUCCACAACCCCGAGUCCAGCGGCGGCUCGGCCGCCGGCAAAGCCAACAGUGAGCAGCUGAAUUGGAGCCAGUCUCACAGAGAUCUGCUGAUGAUGAUCCAAGAAAUGAAAAGGUGUUUGCCUGAAGAGAAAAGGAAUUCCAGCAAGUCCAGCACCAUCAGUGCUCUCAACUACGCCUUGCAGUGUGUCCAGCAGGUCCGAGCAAACAAUGACUUUUUCCAGGCUCUGAAUGACCGAAGAGUGUUUCAGACUGAUGUGGUGACAUACAGCAUAGAAGAGUUGGUGGCAGUUGCAUCUGAACACACUCCAAAAAACACUGACACAUUUGUGGCUGUAUUUUCUUUGCUUUCUGGACGCAUAGUACAUAUUUCUGAGCAGGCAGCAUCUAUCCUAAACUAUAAGAAGAAAGUGUUGGACUCCUCCCGGUUUGUAGAGUUGCUUGUCCCUCAGGAUGUGAGUGUGUUCUACACACACACUGAUCACUCUCACCUGCCGCUUUGGAACAUGGAAAGUGAAACAGCUUCUCUGUAUGAAUAUGCCCAGGUGAAAUCCUUUUUCUGCAGGAUCAGGGGUGGUAAAGACCAAGAACAAGAAACACGUUGUUACCCCUUCCGAAUCACCCCAUACUUGGUCCAUGUGUGUACUUCUGUCCAUGUGGAUGCAGAAUCCUGCUGCUUAGCUUUGGCUGAGAAAAUUCACUCUGGAUAUGAAGCUCCUCGAAUUCCUAUGGAUAAAAGAAUCUUCACCACCACUCACACCCCUGGAUGUGUUUUUCUGGACAUAGAUGACAGAGCAGUGCCUUUGUUGGGUUACUUACCUCAAGAUUUAAUUGGAACAUCCAUAUUGAUGUAUUUGCACCCGGAAGAUCGUCCUUUGAUGAUUACUGUUCACCGGAAAAUACUGAAAUUUGCUGGCCAACCCCCUUUUGAACAUUUACCUAUUAGAUUCUGUACUCAAAAUGGGGAUUAUGUCAUACUGGAUACCAGCUGGUCCAGUUUUGUGAAUCCUUGGAGCAGGAAAGUAGUGUUCAUCAUUGGCCGACACAAAGUCCGGACAAGCCCUCUGAAUGAAGAUGUCUUUGCUGUAAGAAGUAAAGAAAUGAGCAGCGUGGAGAAAGAAAUAAGAGAAUUGCAAGGACAAAUUUACAAACUGCUGCUGCAGCCAGUUCACAGCAAUGUUUCCAGUGGUUACGGAAGCCUUGGAAGCAGUGGCUCUUACGAGCACUAUAUCAGCAUAGCUUCUUCAAGUGACUCCAAUGGGAAUUGUGCAGAGGAAAUACAGGAACCAAUGACAUUGCAACAAGUUUGUGCAGAUGUCAACCGAAUAAAGAAUCUGGGACAGCAGCUAUAUAUUGCAUCAAGGAGCAAGCCACAGAAUGGAAAUGAACAGGCUGUGAGCUCAGAAGUGCUAGGAGGGAAGAGGCACACUGCUUCCUGUUUUCUUCAGACAUUGAGAAGUGAUAGCACAGAAGAACCAGGCAACACAUUUUAUGAUGAUCCAAAGAAGACUCCGCAUAUUCCUUCCUAUCAGCAGAUCAAUUGUGUCGAUAGUAUCAUCAGAUAUCUAGAGAGCUGCAGUAUUCCAGCAUUGAAAAGGAAAUGUAAAUCAUCUGCAAAUACAUCAUCAUCAUCUUCAGAAGAUGACAAACAAGUCCAGCAAAGUCAGCAGGAAGUCCAGGCAUUGGAAGAUACUGCUAUCCUGUCAGCAGUUAAGUCCCACACUCCAAUAUCUGCUGAUCUGGAAGAGGCCUUGAAAGACCAGAGAACUGCAGGCAUGGUGGGAGCUCCUCUGGCAGACCUGACCCUGUCCAACAAGGCUCCAAGUGUGGUGUCUGUCACCAGCCAGUGCAGCUACAGCAGCACUAUAGUGCACGUCCCACACCCUGAAUCAGAAGUGACUACAAUGGAGGAUACUGCUGUUGGAAGUGAACAAAUUGAACUGCCUCCUGUAAAUGCUCAGAGUCCUGCUAUGUUGCCUGAGGACUUAAAGCCAGUUGGGCUAACAAAGGAGACAUUGUCAGCCCACACUCAAAAGGAGGAACAGAACUAUGUUGACAGGUUCCGACAGAGGAUCUUGCUUUCUCCAUUUAGGACUUACUUUCAACAAGGAAGCAGAAGUAACAACAGACAUUCCUGUGGCCAAGGAGAUUCCCCUUCAAAGCAGAUGAGCCCAGCUAGCUGUAAAAAGGGCAGACAUGGAAAAUUGAAGCGCCAGAAACCUCAGAGACAUUCCUCAGAUAGCCAGUCUUCUAGUAAAAAUAGAAAUAAUCUUCCAUGUGAGAAGAGAGCAAUUCAGAAACAGUUGUUCUCUCCCUCAGAAGUGUCCUCUCUGGGCUCCUCCAGUUUCAAUGUCCAUUCUCCUGCGGGGUUUCCUGUCUAUUUGGAUCCACUCUCUAGUUUUCCAGCCUCUUCUGCAGGAGAGGAACUUGCCCUUCACUCAUUACAACCUGAGUCCUUGCCAUCAUCACAACUAUGCUGUAAAGCACAGUCAUGCCCAGCCCUUUAUCCCCCAAGCCUAGGCACAUUUAUGGCUGUAUUUUUUCAGAGUUUCCCCACGUGUGUUCAGAUGCCUCAAAAUGUCUUUCUUCCUAACCCUCAGUGUGCUUAUCCCCCCUCUUCAUAUCCAUGCACUACACUACCUCCAGCCCCCUCUCCUUGUGCACCAUCACCACUAGCACCACACUGUGUGGAUCAGCCCUUUCCAGCUUCUUUUCACACAUCCAGGGAGGACCAGCAAGAGGGCCAGUGUGACCAGGCCCUCCUGCUGAGCAGCUCACGGAGCAGCUCCCCACUUCAGCUGAAUUUGCUUCAAGAAGAGCUGCCAAAGCCCAUGGAACUUUCCAUUAGUGCUGAUGUUAAACCACAUGCAGAAGAUAAAUGUGACAAUGAUCCAGAAGAUAGUGAUAACAGUGCUUCUCAUGAAUUUCCUGACCACAGUCUGUACGAGGACUCCCAGUUGGGUUCAGGUUCAGCAGCAUCAGGCAGUGGAUCAGCUUUAUCUGGUUCUUUAGGCUCUAGCUUCAAUGAGUCUUCUGGUUGUGGCACAGCAGGUAGUGGGAAAAGCAGAAAGUAUUUUGCCGGUAAUUAUUCUUCUGAAACUUCCAAAGAAAAGAGGAAGCAAGAAGCAGAAGAAAAAGGGACAGCUUAUAAAUCGAAACAUGAGUCAGCCUGGGUGAUGAUGGAUCAUACACCUGAGCGAGUUCUAAUGAAUUACCAAAUGCCAAACAGAAUUAAAGAGGAAGUUUUAAAGCAGGAUCUGGAGAAGCUGGCAGUCAUGCAAAAACAGCAGCCUUGGUUUACAGAUGGGCAAAAGCAGGAGCUUGCAGAGGUGCAUACGUGGAUCCGGACCCAGACUGUCCCGCUGCAGAUCAGCACCCAGGGCUGUGUUACAUGUGACAACAGGGAAGCAAGUUGUGAGGCUGUACUGGCUGAUGGCAAUAUGGAAAACAAGGGAAAACCACCUCCACUCCUGCAACACUGAGGGCAUCAGCACCUAUGUCAGUAAAACUGCUCAGUGUCAUUCCCAUUUUCUUUUCUUCUGGCUUUGCUCCAUACUAGCAGUGAAUCUACAUGGCCAUCUCUUACCAACAUGAGCAGUCACACUAUGAAACUAAAUCUUCCUCCAUUACCCUUCCGCUCCUGGCAUGACUCUGAAGACAAUCUUUCACUGGGAGAAAGAUUUCUCUUUCUGACCUCAUAGACUUGACACAGAAUGGAAUGUGUUCCUAACCUUUAACUGCUCGGUGAUGAGCAAAAUACAAAGUUUUUUGGUUUGGGUGUUUGUUUUUUUGAACUUGGCAAGUAAGAGUCUGAAAAGAUGCAGUGUUUAAGAACCUAUGGUAAUGAACCUAACUGAUCAGAGCAUGUUUACUCUCCAGGUAAGGUGGACGUAUUGAAACCAAGCUACAGCAGAGUAUUCUUCAUUUUUGUUCAGUAUUUGAAAGUCUAAACUGAAGAUCCUAAUACUCUGAGGUUCUGAAAUCACUGUAGCUGGUUUGAGAAUCCAGCAGGCUUUUUAAAGAGCAGCUGAAACUGGCCAGGUUAUUCUGCAUCAAAUGCCUUUUGCCAGCUUGUGCCCAUCAGAAAAAAAUAAACUGAAGAGAAAAGAAGCAAAGAUUUUCCCUGUGUUUAUUGUGAUGACUGUUUUGAAGCCAAGUUGUUUUACAGCUUUUGAUUUUAAAGUUGUGUUUAUCAACACAGAUGUAUAAAAUUAAUUGAGGGUAACUGGUUUGAAAAUCCAUUAGAGAUUAAAUUACAUACAGCAGCCAAAAAAACCCCCCAGAAAUAUCAAUGUAGUGGUUAUUUCCUUCCACAGGAUCUGCUUUUUAAAAACACAUGCGGGGGGAAAGUCUUCUCUAUCAAGGCAGGUAGUUAUAAAUUAAAGUAGUUACAUGCAAUCUUUUAUCCUAUGUUGCUAGUGCUCUGGAAGGUGGGUUUGUAUCUUAAUGUUUUUGGUGUUGAUUUAGAGUGGUCGAGUUGAAUCCAGAUGUAGCAAAUGGGAAAUUUUAAGCAGUUUCCCUGUUUCGCUUUUGUUGUGAUGAUGCCAAAACCAAAAAGAGUUUGAGGUUCAUUUCUUCUGCUUUUGUGAAAAGUCACAUGUUGUGGAGCUGAACUUGAACAUCAAACCGCAUAUUCAUUAUUUCUUAGCACUUUUGACUUCCUGUACAAGUUUUAACUUCUUUCUUUAUAAUAGAGUCACUAGCUGUUUAAAUCCAUGGAUGAAAAAGGAGUUUGUGCAUAAUGUGAGUUUGAUGUUCAGAAAGUGGUAACCACUUUCAGUAUGUGAAAGAACUUGUUCUCAUGGAUGUCUUAAAGUGCUCUUCAAACACUAAAGUCCAGCAAAUUUUGUCUGAUUUCCCCUUUGUUUAUCAAAAGCUGAAUGUAAUCAGGUUUUCUGCAUGGUGUUAUUAAUCACCUUAGCCUUCUCAACAGAGUUUUAGAAUGUAACACAUUAUUUACCCUUUUUUCUAUGUAAUUCUUCCUUUCCUGCUGUGUGAAGUAUUUUUCUCUAGUUUCAAUUACUAGUGAGCUUCAAGUUGUUAAGUUAAAAAUACUGUGACCUGCAGGUCAUUGAAGGAAAACUAUUUAGCUAAAGGUUUCUGUUACUUUUAAAAAUCAAUCCAGUGACAAUCUUUCUCAUUAAAGUUUAUUUGAAGGAAAGUUAUUUUUACGCAAUUUUAAGUUUUCAAGGCUAUUUGACUGAGGCAGUGUUCGUUUGAUUUUUAAAUUUUUUUUUACAGUAUGUUUGCCUGCUCUGUUUAUACCUAUUGCUUUCUAUUUAUUCUUAAGCUGUGUUUCUUUUUCAGCUUUUUCCACUUAAACUUGUUUUUUCUUGUGUUGUAAAUCAGCAGAGAUCCACACAUCCUCAGUACUGCUUGUGUUCAAACACCUCUUAAAAUAAGAGACUUAGGUGUUUACAUAUAGCAGCUUAUGUAUUCAAGUAGGAAAAUGUGGGCAGUGUCUUAUACCUUUCCUAGUAUUUUUACAGCAUUUUCCAAAUAUGGUAUUCUGCUUUAUAAUCACACUGCCUAAAAUAUUUGCUCUAAAGCAUGUAAUAAGAUGCUUUGUGUAUAGGUUUUUUUUCUUGAUUGGGAAGCUUCUUAAUUAACUUAUCUGUCAAAUCAGACUUAUGCACUAGAAUCCAUUCUAGUUAGCUGUGCUUAAAUUAAAAUGAUUGCUUUAAUGUAUUUUGAGACGUAGCGAAAUAGAUUAAUUUGAAUACUUCAGGUAAGGACAGCUGUCUCCUUCAAAAUAGUUUUGAACCCUAAGCCAGAAGAAAAUAUAAUAGCCAGCUCUUUUGUGUACAUUAUUUUCACUGUUCAUUUCCCAAGUAUGAAAAUGAGAUGAUUUGCAAUGUCUUAGCAGGCAGACAUGUCAUCCAUUUUGUAAAACACUGGGACUUAGUUUAGGAGAAUGGUAAUUUGUUCUUAACACUUGAAUAAUGCUUUUCAUCCAUAGGUCUGUGAACAUGUCAAAAAGAUGACUUAUUAUCCCAGUUGUAUAAAAAGAGUCAGAGACACAAAGGACUUGCACAGGUGCAUACCCCCAGUUUAUACCAAAUCCAGAAGUAAAAUCUGGGAAUCUUCACUCGCUGUAUCCUGUGCUGGUUUUGCUACAAGAGGUCAGGAUUCUGACCUCUAUGCAGAAACUUGAUCAUAUUACAUGGGUUUCUUGUUUGGAGGUGUUAACCCUUCUCGUACCCCCUACUACUAUGAAUUUGUGCCCAGUAGAAUUAUGGAGCAACAGAAAGCCCAGAGAGUUUUUAAAGUGCUGUGAAUGCCACACACCCUCUGGCUGUAUAUAAUGAAAAUGCACGUGCCUAGGACUUUGAAUUCUGAGUUUGUAAUCCUGGCUAAAUCUUAGGUGCAGGAUCUCUUGUAUGGGGCUACAUUAGACCUGGGUUUUGGAAAAAAUUUGGAUUUUGGAGAAUAUAAGAGGAAUGAAGAGGUGAAUCAGUGCCCUGUGUAAUGAUGAGAUAAUUAUUUGCCCAAAAAUCAGGGCAAUUCCAGGCUUAGAAUGGAAAAAACAAAUGUUUCCCAAGCUACUCUUUACCCUGUUAGAACCACAAUGUCUUGCAAUGAAAUGCCUUAUCAAGCCUUUGACCUCAUUUCCGUAAGUUUUCAGGAACUGGUAGUUUUUACUUCAGGUUUUACUAACCUUUAGUCUUUUUGGUGUGCUGGAGUGAGUUGCAGUUCCAAUCUGAAAGACCAGUGGAGUAAGUGUUGCAGCUAGAUUUGCACCUGUUCUUUUGUUCCUGUGACUGUUUUGCUUGGCAAAAUGUUGUGGACAGUUUAGACCUGCUUGGAAGGUCACUUUUUUGGUGAUCAGAAGGAAAACAUGCAAGGACAGUACUGAUGCAGUUACUACCCCCUGUGGGGGCGUCAGCAGUUCAGAAACCCCUGGUGGAUUUCGCUGGCAAUUUUUUUUUGUUGUAUUCAUAAAUACAGAAUUAUGUUUUAAAAGAUGAGUUGAUGUGCAGAUAUUUUCAUGGUAUUGCUAUGAACAGAAGGGACCCUUGUGUAUUUUUACAAUGUGGUAAAUAUUUGCUGAAUGAGUAAUGUGUUGGUAAGUUUAUCUUCCAGCUGAAUCGAGUUUUAAAUCACAAUCAAAUUAAUUUUUACAUCGGUUGGUAGGGGUAUUCUAUUGAAAUAAUAUUCAGCAGUGGUUGAAUUUACAGUUGUGAUUUUAACUGUACACUUUAAAGGAGCAUCUGAUUUUAUAAAUAAAACUGAAAAAUGCGCUGCAAAGAA